AUGGGCACAACAGCUGCACGAGUACUGAAUUCAAUUGCAAACACUAACAAUGUUUACGUUCGUAGGAUAUCGGGGUAUCUGCCGUGCACCCCAGCUGCUCGCAGUACUUUUGUUUCAAAGUCUGCCUCACCAGUGAGAUACCCGGUGAGCGAUUUAUUCAGCACCGAGUUCCGCAAGGGGGCAACUCGCCGGGUGAGGAGCGGCACGGGGGGGAGCAGCCCCCGGCGGGGCAGGGCUGAGCGGGAUCCCGGACGGCAGCACCGAAGUAUUUGGGACCGAGCACAGACAAAAGAGGGUGUGGAGCAGCUGCGCGGAGCGCGGCAGCGCCGGCACGCCAGCCCGCUCCGCUCGGGAGGCAGAAAGUCCAUUUCUGGCAGGGAAAACCCACCCACCCGUGCCGCUCGCUGCCUGCCCCUCGCCGCCGAGGGCAGGGGCGCGUCCCCCCGUGCCCCAGGCACCGCCGGCGGAACGCGCAGGGCGCAGCCCCGCCAGAGAGAGGUGACGGCUGCGGGCGGGUUGAAGUUCGGGGGCGAGGGGCAGACCCCGACCAGAUCCACCCCUCCUCGCCUCGCCGCUUACCUGCGGGAAGGUGCGCGGUGCCCGCAGCCCUCCCGGCGCAGAGAGCGGCGGAGCUGCGCGGUGCCCGGCAGACGCGGGGCUCCUCCGCUGAGGCGGCGGCUGGCUCAGGGAGUGACAGGGCGGCGGCUCCCCUCGCCCUUCCCCGGCACCGUGCUCGGCGAGAGGCGGGCGGGGGCAGGCAUGGCGAGCGGGCAGGAGCGGGGCCGGGGCGGUCACUGCCGGCCGGAGGAGGACGCCCGCCGCCCGGGGGCUGCGCGCCCCCCCGCCGGCGGCAGCGCACGGCCAGCCGGAGGCGGCCUCCCCCUGCUCGCCCCGCGGCGACGGGCGGGUGCCAUAGCAGCGCUCCGGGAGCCGCCGCGGGGGAGCGCCCGCCGAGCGGCACAGGGGGCGUGGGCGGGCGGCGGCUCCGCGGCGCGAAACUUUCCCGGCUCCGCUGCGGGGUGCCCGGGCGGCGCUCGCCCCCGGCGGCGCUGCGAGGGCGGUGGGAGGGUCCGGACCCCGCUCUCACCGCCGGCCCGAGCGCUCCGCUCAGCGCCGCCCGGGCUCGGCCCGCACCGCCCGCCCGCAGCAAAGUUUCACUCCGAAACCUCGCGGCUGCGGCGACAUCUCCACGGAAGCGAUCCCCUGGCUUCCCUCCGCUCCCCACGGGACGGGGCGGAGGCGGGCAGACCCCUCGCCAGCCGCGGCGAUGGGAGGCAGCCGGGACCAGCCCAGCGGGCGCUAGGCAGGUCUGGCCGCAGGCAGCACCCGGGACGGGACGACAGCCGGGAAAAGGGGCAGGCUGAGCCGCGGGACCGGGACGCGGGUCCUCCUCUACCGCCCGGCCCGGGGGAAGUUUGCCGGCUCCCCGGGGGAGAGCGCGGGCCGGAGCGCCCCGCUCCCUGCUUCGGGAGCGGCCGGGAGCGCCUCCUGUGCGGGACCUCCCCGCUCCCUCCUCCGGGAUCAGCCGGGAGCGCCUGCUGUGCGGGACCUCCCCGCUCCCUCCUCCCGUGCGGGCCCUCCCGCGCCGCUGUGCCGCAGCCCCGCCGGAGCGGAGCAUUUGUAGCGCGCCCGGUUCCGCCCCGCCGGGCUCGGGGCCGCGGCCGCGAGGGAGGAGCCACCGCAGGGGCGGCGGGGAGCGCGGGGUGCCGGCCGCGGUGCCGCGGGCUCGGAUGGGUCUGCCGGUGGGAAUCGGCCUUUCCCGGCGGCGGUCGGUCUGUCCCGACGGUGCCGAGGGGAGCGGGGGCGCUCCGGGUGUGCCCGCCCUCCCUGACCCCGUGUGAGAGCCGGACGGAGCCGUGGGAGCGCAGAGUGAUUCACCGCAAUGUGGGGGCUUUUCACCAUUUUUAUGAUUCAGCUUUUCAUUUUUACGCAUAUUUUGGGGAGUUUCUUUUGAGCCGCCCGCCCAUCCCUCGCGUCCAGCCAGGGACGGCAAAGGUGAUCUACCUGGUGCUCGCACCUUGCAGUCGGGCCAGGUAA